UAUUAUGGUCGAGUGAAAAGACGACGACAACAGCUGAUAAAAAGCACAAAAAUGCCAUUGUUUGCUAGUUCAACGCCUUUCGACAAAGAUGUCGAAAAGGUGACUAGUGAGAUGAAUACUACUGAAGACUGGGGUUUGAUUAUGGAUAUAGUUGAUCAAGUGAACACGAAACCUAAUGGCCCUAGGGAUUGUCUGAGAUCUAUAGUGAAGCGUUUGAACCAUAUUGUCCCAAUAGUAUCUAUGCAGGCAUUGACAUUGCUAGACGCUGCAGUCAACAACUGUGGGCGACCGUUUCAUCUGGAGAUUUCAUCCCGAGAUUUCAUUUCUGAAUGUAGAACGCUCAUCGGUCAGAAGGCUCAUCCUAAAGUAUCGGAGAAAUUAAAAGGUUUGAUAAAGAAGUGGGCAGAAUCCAAGGAAUUUAAAAAUGAUCCGUCUUUAAGCUUGAUUCCAUCAUUUUACGAUAGUUUAAAAAGUGAUGGUCACGAUUUUUCGGAUCAAGAUGGACAGAUUAAAGCUGAGCCUAAAAGAGUAGUAGUCAGUACAGAUCCUAAUGUCGUCAGUAAUCAACAGGAGGAAGACGACAUUGCCAAAGCUAUUGCACUGUCCCUACAGGAGUCAGACAAAAACUCUUCACAGAAGACGACAACUCUUUACCCUACAGGGUACUCCCUGUCCUCGGAAUCGGCCACAUAUGCCAGCAUCUCUAAACCUAGGGAGGUCAGAAAGGUACGAGCUCUGUAUGACUUUGAGGCAGCAGAGGAUAAUGAACUUACCUUCAAAUCAGGAGAGCUCAUCAGCGUUACAGACGAUAGUGAUGUGAAUUGGUGGAAAGGUUUUAACCAGCGUGGAGAAGGGCUGUUCCCUGCUAACUUUGUCACAGCUGAUCUCUCUGUCGAACCAGAAGAUUCUAAAGAGAAGAAGAAGGUGAAGUUUAGUGAGGAAGUGGAAGUGAAAGCCGUGGAUGUUCCCCCAGAGGAAGUUGACAUCAACGAGGAAAAGAUAGACAAAGUACUACAGCUGAUACAGAAUGCAGACCCUACUGGUGAGACUCAGCCAGACUCGGAGGAAAUGCUGAGACUAGAAGAGACAUGUAAAGGAAUGGGUCCACUCAUUGACACAGAACUUGAGAAAAUUGAUAGAAAGCAUGCUAGCCUGUGCGAGAUCAAUUCCAAGGUCGUUGACGCUCUACAGAUGUACCACAACUUGAUGAAAGAGGAUCCCAAUCCCUACGCCACGUUUAAGGGUGGGGUGCCCCCAGGGCCGAUGAAUUUCUCGCACCCGAAUAUGUCAAUGACACAACCAAUAUCUAGUCAGUCGAUGUACAAUGGUCAACAGCAAUUCAUGCCUGGACAAGUUCAAAUGCCAAUGCAAAAUCAGAUGCAGAUGCCUCCCCAAGGUCAAGGACAGGUAGCACAGCAAGGUCAAGGUCAAAUGCCGCAGGGUCAAGGACAAAUGCCACAGAUGGUUGUUGGCCCUCCAUCACAAGUUUAUGUGCCAUCAAGCAGUCAAAGUUUUUCAAAUGUUGUUAGUGGAACAGACGCCACAGAUUAUACGUCAUCAGCUGGUGUCACUACUAAUCCUUCGCACAGUUCCUUGCAGAGUAUGUCACAAAACACAGUUCCCCCCCAGACGCAGCAGUCUAGCAUUCAGAACAAUUACCCCCCUCCCCCGCCCCUCGGGGCACCAGGCGCACCCCAAUUUUACCAACAGCCACCGCAACAACAACCCCUACUAUGAACAUGAUGGAGGAGACUUUUAAAUUUUUUUUUAAAUGGACAAUUUCAUUAUAAGUUAUAUCCUGUGAACAUAUUUUGUAAAAGCAGUUUGAAAGAGGCUGCGAUUCAAUGAAAAAAGCAUUGAAUCGAAAUGCAGAGAAAGUUAGUGAGAAGUUCCAUUUUCAAAGGUAGAUAAUGGUGGUAUGUAUGCUUACAGAUUUGAAAGAUGUAGAUUAGAUCAAAGUUUAUGAAAGUUUGCCAGAAAGUUAUGACAUAGUUCCGAGACAUUAAAGUGGAAGCAAUUUAAUGAAAACGUAUUAGUUCAGACCAGUUAACACAAAGCCAUUGUACAAUGUCAGCAUUGUAGGGGUUUUACAAUUACCUUUAAUAUUUGACUGAUUAACAACUUUGACGAUUUCUUAUUAACAUAUUUUUUCAUUUCAUGUAUAAAAUUGUAUUCAUCAUUCAUCAGUGAAUUGAAUUAGGUUUGCCAUAUAAAUAGUUGUUAUACGUUAAUCUGGAAAAUCCAAAUUUAUCCUGAUUUAUUUUUCAAGCUGGUUAUACUGGUUUAAGCAUAACUUACAGUAUUAUUUGUGGAUGUAGAUAAUUGUUUUGAAGUAAUUUGGACAAAAACUACAUUAUACCAAAAUUUGUGGCACUUGCAAGAUUUUUUUUUUCAGAAACAAUCAAAACUGAAUUGUUAAAUGGAAGUUUAAAAUAAUGUGUGUUGAAGAUAAACUUAGAAAUUAGAUAUUUUCUUUCCGGAUAGUAAAAAACACAGUUUGUAGUUUUAAGUAUAUUUGAUUUAAAGGAUGAAUUUUGACCUCUUUACAUAAAUCUGCAUAACAUAGAAGUGAAUAUUUGUGUAUGUAAAUUUACCAAAUCAUGUAGGCUUUUGAAUAAUGGGGGUUGAAAAAUAACUAUUUCAAAGUGAUCCAACACUGUUGCAAUGUUGGACGUGUAGAUAGAACGUGGCUGUGGUCGACUUGUAAGUGUGAGAUUGCUGAGGUCUAUUUGUAUGAGGUUGCCAACGACCGCCAUUAACACUAAUAACUGGACACUAAAAACGGAGAUGUGCAAUGUGUCGACGUGAAUAAAGUAGUACUAGAAAGUUUGUUCAUUAGGAAAUGAUGAUUUCAUUUUUUAUCCUUCAGCAAUUUUUGUUGUAUGUUGAUAGUAUUCAACUAAGUUUAAUACAAUUUUUUUCCUCUUCAACACUCAUACCGAUAAUGGAAUCAAUUAUCUGAACAUUUGUUUAAUCCAACAAAUUAUGUAUUCUUUGAGUGGUUCGACAUUUCACUUCAAAUCAUUUAUAGAAUUAAAUUUUCUUGCUUGACAGUUCAAGUCAUGGAUGCUUUCAUACAAAAAUCCUAUUCUUCAAAGAUUUCAAAAGUAUUCAUCAAGAUAAAAGCAAAACAAAUCAAGAAUUCUUUUUCAAAUUUCCAUUUAUCUGUCCCUUCGUGUUGACUUAUGACAUUUGGACAACAUUUUUUGGAGAAAGGUGUUUAUUUUAUGUGAAUUUUUUAAAGGGAAAACAAGGAAAUGCUUUAUCUUCACAUGUACAAAUUGCUAUGGACUAGAAUGAGACUUACUUUUUCAUUCUACUUUGAAUUUGUAAAAUAAUUGGAAGACCUAGAUUUCUUGAUAUUAUAAUCCUGUCAAAAACAAAAGUAUGCUAUUUCAUGUGAGUGCAAGGACAGGCAGGCAGGCAGGCAGGCCAAAGUCCGCUCAACAUCUGGAGUAUUUACAUUCAAACUUUAUGAGAAGCUUAAUUACCUUAAAAUCAAAGACAUGUAAAUAUAACAUAAUCUAUUGUAUUUGACUAUUGAUUUUGGAGUUAUGGCCCUUGAUAAUUUGGUUAUUGGCAUUAUAAUUAUCUGUCCAAUAUCUUGAGUAGAUAAACAAACCAAUGAACUUUCAAACUGUAUAAAACAAAAAACAAAAAAACAAAAAAAACUUAAUAACAAUGAACCAUUCUAAUUAUGGUAUUUGUGAUUUUUGGAGAAUGUUUGACAAUUUGGUCCAUGAUGGGCAUGCACUCUUUUGCUCUGCAGUUACAAUAUUUUUGGAGAAUGUUUGAUGGGUGUGCUGUCCUGCUUUUAUCUUGUUGUUUUGUGUGAAAAUAUUGCAAUCAUGUUUAAAACCAAUUUAUGUUACAUGAAUGGUACUGAUUAUAAAACUACAAGUGAAUGACUGAUAUCUUCAGACAAUGGUAUUUACUGUUGUGUUAUGCUGAAUUGUAUCAAAUCAUGUUUCCCGAGCAGUUUGUGUUUAAUGCAGUAUUUGUGUAUAAUAUGAAAUAUGUAAUUUCGGAAUCUCUCAAGAAGUGCUAUAAUACUUAGUCUUUCUGUAAAACGAUAUACCAUUCUUAAAAGUUGAACAAGUUUCAUAAAAGUUGUCUAUUCCUCCUUUCUGAAGUAAAUUACAUGUAUUUAAAUUGCCAUUACCAUGUUUGUGUAAGUCUAUUUACAGUUCACUCUGUUCUGCUGUUUGAAGCUGUUUACAUAUUAUUUAAAUAUGGUAUUUUCAUCCGAAAAAUUAAGCACAGUGCACAUUGCAGUAAAAUCUAAUCUUUAGUCUUAUAUUUGCAUCUUUAACGAAAUUGGGUAGUCUGUCGUUGAAUUGUUUUAAGAAGAAGUAAUGAAAAAUACCCACAUUGGAGAUGGUGUCCUCUCACUCUCAACUCCUUAUACUAGACUUGAAGGGAAAUGUCCACCAGUCUGAGAUUUUUACAGAAAUAUUCAACACAAUUUAAUGUUUUUUUAUGACAUCUUGUGACUAUUAAGUGAAACGUUUUUCAUGUAUGUAGUGUCUAGUUGAUCAGUGCAAACUAAACAAAGGGAAAUAACGGAAAUAAAAAUAUAACUCCACAGUUUUUAUUCAGACAAUGAUCAUGAGUCCAUAUUAAUCUGGAACACUUUUCCAGUGAAUCUAUCCUACUACAGGACUUAAGAUCUUGUUUGAAACCCUAUUCUGGAUUUUGGAGAUUUUGGGAGAGGGUGUUGUUUGAAACCCUAUGCUGGAUUGUAGAGAUUUUGGAGAGGGUGUUGUUUGAAACCCUAUGCUGGAUUGUGGAGAUUUUGGAGAGGUACACCCUCAAGGCCUCUGGUUGGUGUUGUGUUUCAGUGUUAAAGACAUGGGCAUUUCACUUCUGUCUAAAAGCUUGAGAUAUGUUUGUAUAAUGUAUGAAGGACUGCAUUUAUUAUUCAAUGUGUCAUCUUAUUGUAUUUUCUAUGUACAGCAUGCAGACAAAUUGUUUUAAGUCAUCAGAGUAUGGAAAUUUAUCAUUGCUAUAUGUAAUACAUAUAUAUUUUAGUUGUUAAAAACAGGAAUUUCCUAUAAAAACUUCGGCAGAAAACUAUACAUUAUCAUUUUGAAUUUCAAAUUUCAUUAAGAUUGAGAGAAGGCAUGAUACAUGAUUUGUGUAAGAAAUGGAUGAAUGAGCAUGGGAGAUUUCAUUUGCUGUGAUAUAUAAAUGUAUAUGACUGUAUUACUCUGUAGCCCUUUAUACUCUUGGCCUGCUAUGAUACAGGUUUACCCUUGAUAGGCCAGGCAAAUGUUAUUAUAUGUGUUGAUAUGUUCCGUGAUAUAUGUAUCUUUAUUUAUUAUGAUGAAAUCGGUUCAGUUUCUUUUAAUGCUUAAGGUGAAGUGAGGUUACCGUAUUAGAUGAAGGAAAUAAAACAAAUUUCUAUCAAUGCACUAAGACAAUAUCAUUUAAUUAUCUGUAAUGUUAAAUUUAUCAUUGUGAUGUUGUACAAGAUCAUAAGAAUAUGAUAACAUUAUAUAAAAUCUUUGUAAUUGCCA